ACAACAAAAUCAUUACUCCAAAACAAUGAAACCUUUUCUUUUCUUUCUAAUCACAUUGUCAAUUUUUUCCCAAACACUACCAUUAGUUCCCACUGUCACAACUCUUCGCUUUCAACUCAUCACCCUCCUCUCAAUAAAAUCCUCCCUAAUUGACCCUCUAAAUCAACUCGCUGACUGGGAAAAUCCUUCCGAUAACCACCAAGACCCAGUUUGGUGUUCUUGGAGAGGCAUCACUUGCCACCCAAAAACAACACAAAUCAUUUCACUAAACCUCUCUAACCUCAAAUUUUCAGGCAUAAUCUCACCCCAAAUCCGUUACUUAACAACCUUAACCCACUUGAACAUAAGUGGAAAUGACUUCAAUGGAACUUUCCAAACAGCAAUUUUCCAACUCGGUGAACUUAGAACACUAGACAUUAGCCAUAACUCUUUCAACUCAACUUUUCCACCUGGAAUUUCGAAGUUAAUAUUUUUAAGAACCUUUAAUGCAUACAGCAACAGUUUCACUGGCCCUCUUCCUGAAGAACUAAUCAGGCUUCCAUUUCUAGAAAAGCUCAGCCUUGGUGGAAGCUACUUCAAUGGAAGAAUCCCACCAAGCUAUGGAAAUUUCAAAAGACUCAAGUUCCUAGAUUUAGCUGGUAAUGCAUUGGAAGGCACACUACCACCUGAACUAGGCUUAUUAUCAGAGCUACAACAUUUAGAAAUUGGAUACAACACAUAUUCAGGAACACUACCAGUUGAACUAACAAUGUUGUGUAGUCUAAAAUACUUAGACAUCUCACAAGCCAACAUUUCUGGUCUAGUGAUUCCUGAACUAGGAAACUUAACCAUGCUUGAAACACUGCUUCUUUUCAAGAAUCACUUAAGUGGUGAAAUCCCAUCAAGCAUAGGCAAGUUGAAAUCCCUAAAAGCUAUUGAUUUAUCAGAAAAUAAACUCACGGGUUCAAUUCCAUCAGAAAUAACAAUGUUAAAGGAACUAACAAUUUUGCAUCUGAUGGAUAACAAACUAAGAGGUGAAAUUCCACAAGAAAUUAGUGAACUCUCAAAACUUAACACUUUCCAAGUUUUCAACAACUCACUCAGAGGUACACUACCACCAAAACUCGGUUCCAAUGGGUUACUAAAAUUACUUGAUGUUUCCACAAACUCACUUCAAGGUUCGAUCCCCAUCAACAUUUGCAAAGGAAACAAUUUGGUUUGGUUCAUUCUCUUCGACAACAAUUUCACCAAUAGUCUUCCAUCGUCACUCAACAACUGUACCUCACUCACUAGGGUUCGAAUCCAAAACAACAAACUCAACGGGUCAAUUCCACAAACCCUUACACUGGUUCCAAAUUUAACCUACCUAGAUUUAAGCAACAACAAUUUCAAUGGCAAAAUUCCACUAAAAUUAGAAAACCUACAAUACCUAAACAUCUCAGGAAACUCAUUUGAAAGCAAUUUACCAAACAGCAUUUGGAAUUCAACUAACCUACAAUUUUUCUCAGCUUCAUUUUCCAAAAUCACCGGUAGAAUUCCCAAUUUCAUUGGUUGCCAAAAUAUUUACCGGAUCGAAUUACAAGGAAAUUCAAUCAACGGAACCAUUCCAAGGAACAUCGGUGAUUGUGAAAAACUAAUUCAGUUGAAUAUCAGUAAAAACUAUCUGACAGGAACCAUACCUCAUGAAAUCACGAAGAUUCCUUCAAUCUCCGAAGUUGAUCUCUCACAGAACGAUCUCAUCGGUCCAAUUCCUUCAACCAUAAGCAAUUGCAUCAAUCUCGAGAAUUUGAAUGUCAGCUACAACAACCUCACUGGUCCGAUUCCGUCCUCCGGUAUAUUCCCUCACCUUGAUCAAUCAUCCUACACCGGCAACCAAAACCUCUGCGGCCUCCCCUUAUCCAAACUCUGCACCGCCAACACCGCCGCCGAUGAAAACAAAGCUGAUAUUGGAUUCAUCAUUUGGAUAGGCGCGUUCGGAACUGCACUCGUCAUUUUCAUCGUUAUUCAAUUGAUUCAUCGUUUUCAUCCAUUUCACGAUAACGAAGCUGACCGUAAAAUCGAACGGCGGGAGUUAACGUGGUUUUGGCGGGAGUUAAAUUUCACUGCGGAGGAAAUUUUAAAUUUCGCGUCGAUUUCUGGUAACAAAAUCGGAAGUGGAUCUGGUGGAACGGUGUAUAAAGCGGAAAACGAAAGUGGAGAAAUCAUAGCCAUUAAAAAGCUAUCUUCGAAACCGAACGCGUCAAUCCGACGGAGAGGAGGAGUUUUAGCUGAAUUAGAGGUAUUGAGGGACGUAAGACAUAGAAACAUUUUGAGAUUGUUGGGUUGUUGCACUAAAAAGGAAAGUACGAUGUUGCUUUAUGAGUAUAUGCCAAAUGGGAACCUUGAUGAAUUUUUGCAUCCAAAGGACAAUACGGUAAAUGUGUUUGAUUGGUCCACUAGGUAUAAGAUAGCACUUGGUGUGGCACAAGCUAUAUGUUAUUUACAUCAUGAUUGUGCUCCACCAAUUGUGCAUCGAGAUCUUAAACCCAAUAAUAUUUUAUUGGAUGGUGACAUGAAAGUUAGAGUGGCUGAUUUUGAACUUGCUAAGUUGAUUCGAUCCGAUGAACCUAUGUCUGAUCUUGCCGGAACGUAUGGUUACAUUGCUCCAAAAUAUGUUGAUACCCUCCAAGUUAAUGAGAAGAUUGAUAUUUACAGCUAUGGAGUGGUUUUAAUGGAAAUUUUAAGUGGAAAACGCGUUCUAGAUCAAGAAUUUGAUGAAGGGGAAAACAUUGUGGAAUGGGUUAAGUCAAAAAUGAAGGGCAAAGAUGGAAUUGAAGGCAUAUUGUACAAGAAUGAAGGAGCAGAGUGUAGUUCUGUGAGAGAAGAAAUGGUACAAAUGCUCAGAAUUGCAUUGCUUUGCACAAGCAGAAAUCCAGCUGAUAGACCUUCAAUGAGAAAAGCUGUGUCGAUCCUUGAAGGGAUUAAAUCGAAGGGGGAAUUACCUGAUAUUUUUAGUUUUGAUGUUGGUGAAGGUGGUGCUAACAAAUAUUUUGAUGUUUGUCUUAGUGUAACUAAGACCCGGAUUAAGGGGGUGAACACAUUUUAA